AUGAUUAGUAGGCUUAAUUUAGGUAUUAAAAAUCUUAGUCAAUUAACACAUAUCUUUGAUCACAUAAAUUACUUAAAUAACAAACACAUUUCAAAACUUUUGGAUUUUUUUGUAUUAAGAAGGAUUGAUGGUCGUUUUUGUAAUAAUAUAAUCCAUUAUUUAAGUUUUAAUGUACAAAAUCUUGGACUAAGUGAAAUAAAUAGUUUAGUAAAGAAUGUCUUAUUCACAAAGUAUACACUCAACUCAACUAUUCUGAACAAUAUUUUGUUUAGUUUGGUAGAGAAAUACAAGUUGAGUCGAAUUUUAUCUCUUAAUACAUUUUACCAUUUACUUCUGUUUGAUUCAUGCUGUUAUAUUUCAUCAGAUAAAUGUAUGGAGUUUCUCGAUAAUUUUAGGCUAUCCUGUGAUUCUAUUGAACAAUUAAAUUUAUUAUACGUGUUUAACGGAAUACAGUUUUUUCGUCCAGAUAUUAGCUCACUUUACACACCUCAGCUGACAAACUAUGUAAAAUAUCUGAAACUGCUUUCGCCAAAAAUAUUACUAAGAAGUGGACUGUAUGGCGAAACCGAUGAUGUUAGUGAAGUUAAGAGAAUUAUGGAUAAAUUGAAUGUGGAAUAUGUGUCCGGUAUAACAGGUAUAAAAGAUGGCCAAAUCAAGUAUAAUUAG